CUAUGGAGCUUUUCCAAGACCUCAAAAAUAAAGAAAAUGCACCACCCAAAAUGUCUCAGUUAGGUCAAUUUAGGCGUGCCAAAUCUUCUUCCAUAUUGGAACUUUUUAGAGAAUGUAAAGAUAAUGAAAGCACACCACCUAAAAUGCCUGAGUUAGGUCAGUUUAGGCGUGCCAAAUCCUCUUCUAUAUUAGAACUUUUUAGAGACUGCAAAGAUAAAGAAGAUACACCAAAAAUGCCUAAUACACCUCCUAGACCAUCAAAGUACACCUCCCUAACUCAUUCACCUUUGUCUGAUCAAAGCGAAAGUCCACUUACUAGUCCGUUAAAACGAAUGGCUGAAUCACCAAUUACUCAUUAUUUUAAACGAGUUGAUAUCUCGAAAACCGUGAUUACAAGUACACCCGUAAGAUCUACACCAAAAAAAUCUGAUGAUGUUGCAUCGUCUGAUGAUGAGUACGACGAUGAUAUUGUGAUUAAGUCAACACCUUGCAAUGAUUUAAAAAAGAAACGUUCUACAGUUUCUAUCUCUGAUGAAAGUUCAAUGUUGAUUUCUCCAGCUUCAAAAUUUGUGACUUUAAAAAAAGAAAAAGUAACCGUAUCUGCUUCUAUCGACUUUCGUCACGUUUCAAAAACUCAUGUGACCCCUCCUACCAAAAUCGGAAUUAAUGGGUAUUUUCAUAAGAUGAAAGGAAAACAUAAAAGGGUUUCUCGAUAUACUACUGAGGAUAAAUUAUAUAAUGUAACUCCAGAAAUUAAAAGAGAAAAAGUGACCGUAUCUACUUCUGUUGGCUUUCGUCACGUUUCUAAAGCUCAUGUGACUCCUCCUACCAAAAUCGGAAUUAACGGAUAUUUUCAUAAGAUGAAAGGAAAACAUAAAAAAGUUUCACGCUAUAUUACUGAGGAUAAAUUGCAUGACGUAUCUCCAGAAACUCUUCGUGUCUUUGCAGCUGCUCGUGGUGGUGAUAUCUCGUUGCUCCGAGAAUAUGCUAUGGAAAAUCAUCGGCAUGUUAGAAGUAUAGGAAAAUGUUUCGUUGUUUAA